ACAUGCGCGUGCUGCUCUUUCCGCUUCCUUCCUCUGCGACUAGCGCGGGGUUUCUCCCGCCCGGCCCAGCGAUGGGCGCACGGACACUCCUGGGGGGCGCCUGCCUUCUGCCCUGCCGCCGCGCCUUCAUUUCAGCGCCGCCGGUAGCCGGAUCUCGUUCCAUCUCGGGGCCCGGAGCUCUUAGCCCUUUCGACCGGCAGCUGAAGAGGAAGCAGAAGAACUGGGCGGCGCUGCAGCCAGAACCGGAGCGCUACGAGUACCUGCGCGAAGAGGUUGGUGCUAGGAUAGCUGACCGUGUGUUUGAUGUAGCCAGGACUUUUCCCCUUGCCUUGGACCUUGGCUGUGGACGAAGCUACAUAGCUCAACAUUUAAACAAGGAUGUUGUUGAAAAGCUUUUUCAGACGGAUAUUGCUGAAAAUGCUUUGAAAAACACAAUAGAAUCGGAAAUACCCACCAUCAGUGUCGUGGCUGAUGAAGAAUUCCUUCCUUUCAAAGAAAAUACAUUUGAUCUUGUUGUCAGCGGAUUGAGCUUGCAUUGGGUAAAUGAUCUUCCAAAAGCACUGCAUGAGAUCCAUCGAGUCCUUAAACCGGAUGGAGUAUUUAUUGGUUCCAUGUUUGGGGGAGACACACUCUAUGAGCUUCGCUGUUCUUUGCAGCUGGCAGAACUAGAAAGAGAAGGUGGAUUUUCACCGCACGUAUCGCCUUUUACUGCUGUUAAUGAUUUAGGACAUCUACUGGGAAGAGCAGGCUUCAACACACUGACUGUGGAUGCAGAUGAAAUCCAAGUUAACUAUCCUGGGAUGUUUGAAAUUAUGGAUGAUCUGCAAGGUAUGGGAGAAAGUAAUUGCUCUUGGACCAGAAAGCCUAUGUUACACAGAGCAACAAUGUUGGCGGCGGCGGCGGUAUACAGGGAAAUGUAUGGAAACAGCGAUGGUACUGUACCUGCAACAUAUCAGAUCUAUUACAUGAUAGGUUGGAAAUUCCACGAAUCACAGGCAAGACCAGCACAGAGAGGUUCUGCAACUGUGUCAUUUGGAGAUUUGAGAAAAAUAAAUGAAUUUAUUCCAGGAAGCAAAAAAAAUUAACACGUGGUGUAACUAUGACAGAUAUACUGGACUCAGCACUGCAGAUGUUCCUCAGUUGACCACUUAAAGUUGAAGGGCAUGUGGCACUAUGUUUCCCAGCAUUCUUACCUCAGUGCCUAGAAAAAAGACUGUUUAUUAUUUGACUGUUGUGACUCAUGUAUAUAAAUGGUCGUGGUAUAGAGUUGCAAUUUUUUCAUUGUGUAAAAUCAAAUAAAUUAUAGUAUUGUGUGUA